AAUGGUACAAGAAUUUCGGUUGGGAAGAAUCUCGCAAAGUGUUUGCAAGCAUUGAAAGAACUCGAGUGCGUGAAAAUAGGUUACAAGAUAUGGGCUGACGCGAUAUGCAUCAAUCAAGAAGAUUCAACGGAACGCAGUCGCGAGGUCAAGAAAAUGGCAGAGUUAUACAAAUCUGCCAGCAAUGUUGCCAUCUGGUUAGGAGAGUCAGAUGCUGAAAGCGACGAAACAUUCGACUUCAUCAACGCUAUCACAGCUGCUGCAAAAAAAGGGCCUGAAGUUGUAAAGCAGUACCUCUCUACUGUUCUCGAUAACUCUCACGAGUUCAGCCUAUGGAAGAGUAUGACAAGUCUGUUGUCAAGGCCAUAUUUUGGGCGACUGUGGAUCAUCCAAGAAAUGGCAGCAGGCGGGGAAGACAGUCUGGUUUUAUGCGGAGACAAAACAACAACAUGGGGGGCUUUGUACAAUGUGUACCACGAUCUCCGUCUUUGCGAUACUCAGACUGGGGAUUCAGAGCUUGCGUUGAUCUUCCGAGCGAGUCUGGAGCUGUAUCCGGCAGCAUACAAAGCUUACCGGGACGUGCCCUUCUACAUCUGGAAACAAGUGGAGGACUUUCAGACCUUGCAGAAUAACCAACGAGGAGGCAUUUCUAAACACAGUCGGCGGUUGUUAUCGCGCUGUCGCAUGGCAAAUUGUACCAACAAUUGGGAUCGGGUUUAUGGUAUUCUAGGGCUGCUCGAACCACACCUGGCUUUAAAGAUCCAAGUCAAUUACGAAGCUAGUAUUUCGGACGUCUACACAAGCUUCACAAGAACUUGGAUUGAGCAUACCGGGAAGCUGGAAAUCCUGGCUGAGUGUGGUGAAUCUGGCGAACAUUAUUUACGUGACGACACGAUACCAUCCUGGGCCGUGGAUCUGAAACAAACAAUCAAAAGCUUGGUAAGCAACUAUCACCAGCGCUAUCGAGCAUCUCUCAAUCUCUCGAUGAGUUAUCAGUUUAAUGGGACAUCCCUUCUAGUAAGAGGGGUUGUGUUUGGUGAGAUUGAUGGCGUUAGUGGAGUGCGUUAUUGGGAAGACGAGAAAGACGAGCCCGACUUUGUGAACCCGCAAUGUUAUAUAAAUCCCUACGGCGACGACGAAGCCUUUACGGAAGCUCUGUGGUAUACUCUGGUCGGCGGUCGUGAUGCCCAGGGUUACCCAGCCUCCGAUGCUCUUGCUUGCAUCUUGGAUGACACAAUUCUUGAUCCUGAUUGUGCACUUCCUUUUGAAUACGCCAAAGGAGACACGGAUGCAUCUUUGUGGUGGCACAUGCAUCUCUGGUGGAAACGGAAUGCCGAAUUCAACAUCAACGGCAGACCGUUAAAGCGGCACUUAAAACACAUGGAUGUCCGUCGACGCGAUUCAAGAUGUUACUUCGAUGCUCUGGCCCGAAUGUCGAGAUUUUUUUGGUCGAGGCGCUUGAUCGUCACCAAAACCGGUCAUCUCGGGGUUGCAUCUAGGCCUGUUCGCCGAGGCGAUCUUAUCGUAAUCAUUGGAGGGUGCAGCGUACCGCUCACCCUGAGAGCAAAGUCAUCGCUUGGUGGAGAAUGUUGUCCAACUUUUGAGAUCUUGGGAGAGUGCUUCAUUUACGGGUUCAUGAACGGCGAGAUCUCACAAAGCGUGAACACAGGCUUACACGCCAUGCAAGACCUGACUCUAAUAUAA